AUGGGGAAGUGGGAUGGCCACGAUGAGCAAACGAUUGCAAGGGCAGCGACUGGACAAAUCGCCACGGUUGCUUUUCUAGGAAGCGAUCCGGAUCGCUUCCAAGUGUGCCGGCGUCAUCGCACUGAGAAGGUCAAGGCGAACCGGGCCUUCGUUGUCUUCAGCGUCGCGGGACUGGACGUCGACGUCGAAGAAGCUCGGUAUGAGCUCGACCGGGGCCGUACUCGGCUCGGGACUAUGCGUCUGCUCUGUCUGCGGUGGGAAUGGUAG